AUGCCUUCACUCCAAGGCCUUUGGUCACAAAUCAAUAUAACUUUGGCUAAUCUCACAUACAAUAGAGAUGAUGAUGGUGAUCACAUCGAUUCCGAUACACCUCGCUCCGGUGUCGCGACUCCACAGCCAGAUCCUUCAGACAAGCGAACUCCUGGUAUAUUGCAUAGCUUCUAUGGACAGGUUGGUUUAGGUUCUUCCUCAAGUCAAAAUUCUUCGAAACAUAUAUCACAUAUAUCAUCUCCCACCCCGAGUGAGCCCGAAAUAUACUCUCCUUCCCUCCGACAGCAAUUUCAAGCAGGUGAUGCGUUGUUGAAAGUGACUCUCAGCUCAGUUGAUAAGCCUGGGUUUGAUUCCGGGGCAGGGAUAUAUAACCCCCUACUCCCACCCCAUGAGCUUUUGGGUAGUUCUCAAAUAUCUAGACACCAACAUCCUUACCCGACACCACCUGUUUCAUAUCCAUCUUCACUACACAAAAUAAAUCUGAGUGAUGUGAGUCUUGAAGAUGCUGGCAAUAACGUACAGAAAACGACAGCUCCUACAGACCGAGAUUGCAUUUCGGAAUCAAUUCCGUCACAUGCAAGAAGAGCUUCGUCUAUGACACCAUUGUCAAACAUCGUUACUCCAUCAAAUGUUCAUGCUACACAUUUCUCAAAUCCAAGCGAUACCCCCUCCGAGCACAAAUUUAGCACCCCUCCAUCAUCCCGAUUGCAUUUUGAAUUCCACAAGUCACCAUCUUAUGAUCGACUCAAGAGGCUAACUUGUGAUGGUUUAAAGAGUACACCAUCAACACCUACUCGAGCUUUAUCGAAUCAGACUUCGAAGUCGGACCAAAGUUUUGUGAGCACACAUUCUGAUCAUGCCGCACAAAAUGGCAACGGACAAAAUGUCAACGGACCAAAUGUCAACGGACAAAAUGUCAACGGACAAACUGUCAAUGGACAAAAUAGCAACGGACAAAAUGGCAAAUCAAGCACGAGUGAACGACCGAUUGUAUCCUCUAGAGGCGAUAGUACCAUGGGAGGAGCAGUGGUAGCACCAAAGGGCAAACUUACCGUAAAGAUUAACGAAGCCAGAGGAUUAAGAAAAAGUUUGGAUCCCUACGUUGUAGUCGUUUUUCAACGAAAUGAGCUGGUAUCGAAAGGACCACAAUCAGAAGAAGAUGAGGAUGAUGAUGGGGAUUCACACAGCCCCGGCGGUAUUGCAAUUGGUGGUAUUCCGAUUAUGCGAACUGGAAGCGAUUCUGGCCGUUCUAUGGCCAUUCCUAUGAAGAGUAGGCAAAGCAGUAACACAAGCUUGUCAGAAUACAGAGAUUUCAAGAGCAAGGGUCGAAAGAUGUUUACCCAUCCAAAAUGGGACGCUGAAGCUGUCUUUGACGUUGUUGGCUCAGACACAAGAGUCAGUGUUACUAUUUACGACAGAGCUCAACAAGCAGAAGAAUUUUUGGGCCACAUUGAUCUUCAAGCCAAUCUUGUCGAGAAUGCCGAUUCUCCAGUCUCCGGCUGGUUCCAACUCCGUGGAAAAGACCACAACUCAACUGCAGGAAAUGUAGGUGACGUGCAUGUUGAAAUUUCAUUUCAACGAACAGAGAAGAGACAUUAUGGACCAGACGAUUUCCAGAUUCUGAAGCUUAUCGGAAAGGGUACAUUUGGUCAAGUUUACCAAGUGAGGAAGAAGGACACCAGGCGAAUUUAUGCCAUGAAAGUUCUUCAGAAGAAAGUCAUUGUCCAGAAGAAGGAGAUCGCACACACAGUUGGCGAGCGAAACAUUUUAGUCCGAACAGCUACAGCCGAUUCUCCAUUUAUUGUUGGACUCAAAUUCUCCUUCCAGACACCAACGGAUCUGUACCUUGUUACAGAUUAUAUGUCUGGAGGCGAACUGUUCUGGCAUUUACAAAAGGAGGGAAGAUUUGAUGAGAAACGUGCCAAGUUCUAUAUUGCGGAACUCAUCUUAGCACUUCAGCAUCUCCACAAGCAUGAUAUCGUCUACCGAGACUUAAAACCGGAAAAUAUUUUGUUGGAUGCGAAUGGUCACAUUGCCUUGUGCGACUUUGGAUUAUCGAAAGCAAAUUUGACAAAAAAUGCCACAACUAAUACUUUCUGUGGUACUACCGAGUACCUGGCACCUGAAGUUCUCCUGGACGAAGCCGGAUAUACGAAGAUGGUCGACUUCUGGUCUUUAGGAGUCUUGGUAUUCGAAAUGUGCUGUGGAUGGAGUCCAUUUUAUGCAGAAGACACACAACAAAUGUACAAAAACAUUGCUUUCGGUAAGGUUCGAUUCCCAAGAGAUACCUUGACUACCGAGGGUCGAAACUUCGUCAAAGGACUCCUCAACCGAAACCCUAAACAUCGUCUGGGAGCUACAGAUGAUGCUGAAGAGUUGAAGGCACAUCCUUUCUUCUCUGAUAUAGAUUGGGAUGCUCUUACCAAGAAAUUGAUUACUCCUCCAUUCAAGCCAAAGUUGAAGUCAGAGACCGAUACAUCCAACUUCGAUCCAGAAUUCACCAAUGCCUUAAAUGGUGCAUCUUCACUCAACGCACGUACAGCUGCCCUUGCACAAGGUAUAGCAACAUCAACACCUUUAUCUCCAGGCAUGCAAGCAAACUUUAAAGGUUUCACAUUCGUUGAUGAAAGCUCUAUUGAAGAAAACAUGAGAGAUAGAGUCAAAGACGAAGAUGACGACAGAAUGGACCAAGAUGAGAAAGCAGAACACGAUUGGGAGGACCCAUUUGAUAUUCCCGACAAAUCGCGCUCCGACCGGAUGAGUGGUAUAGUAAGGGAACACACCAAUGAAGAUGAACGAAUGUUCAACGGUGAUGACUUUCAUUGA